GGUGGUCGAUUAUUUGAUACCCAAAUCGGUUCGAGCCACCAUGAUCGACCUCCCUCCUUACCCGCCGCUUGACCCUUCUAACUACGAUCUCAUUAUCGUCGGCACCGGAGUCUCUGAGUCCGUCUUAGCCGCCGCUGCUUCCUCCUCCGGUAGUUCUGUUCUCCACCUCGACCCUAACCCCUUCUACGGCUCUCACUUCGCCUCUCUUUCUCUUCCCGAUCUCACUUCUUUCCUUCACUCAAACUCCUUUUCUUCUCCUCCGCCGCCGUCAUCUCCUCCUCUCCCUCCGUCAAACAACCAUGAUUUCAUCUCCGUGGAUCUCGUUAACCGAUCCUUGUAUUCCUCCGUUGAGAUCUCGAGCUUCGAAUCGGAGAUCCUCGAAGAACACUCUAGAAGAUUCAACGUUGACUUGUGUGGUCCUAGGGUUGUCUUCUGUGCCGAUGAAUCAAUUAAUCUCAUGUUGAAAUCAGGAGCUAACAAUUACGUUGAGUUCAAGAGUAUCGACGCGAGCUUCGUCGGGGAUUCGAGCGGUGAGCUACGAAAUGUGCCGGAUUCGAGAGCUGCGAUAUUCAAGGACAAGAGCUUGACUCUGUUGGAGAAGAAUCAGCUCAUGAAAUUCUUCAAGCUUGUACAAAGUCACUUGGCUUCGUCUACGGAAAACGAUGAUACAACAACAGUCAAGAUAUCGGAGGAAGACAUGGAGAGUCCAUUUGUGGACUUCUUGACAAAGAUGCGUUUGCCACCCAAAAUCAAAUCGAUCAUCUUGUAUGCCAUUGCGAUGUUAGAUUAUGAUCAAGACAAUAUGGAAACUUGUAGACAUUUACUCAAGACCAAAGAGGGCAUAGAUCGAAUGGCUCUAUACAUCAUAUCUAUGGGCAGGUUUUCUAACGCACUUGGAGCAUUAAUAUACCCAAUUUAUGGACAAGGAGAACUUCCACAAGCCUUUUGUCGUCGGGCUGCUGUCAAAGGAUGCAUCUAUGUUCUCCGAAUGCCUAUUACUGCUCUGCUUUUAGACAAGGAAACUGGGGGUUACAAAGGGAUCAGCAAAAUGAAACUCUCAGUGUUCUUGUCCCAAAGGCGAUUGAUCAAUAAGAGAAAAGUAGCAAGAGGAAUAUGCGUCAUUAGAGGUUCUGUGAAAGCUGAUGUAUCAAACGCUCUUAUCGUAUAUCCACCUAAAUCUUUGUUUCCUGAACAGCUAACUGCAAUUCGGGUUCUGCAGCUUGGUAGUGGUUUAGCGGUUUGUCCUGCUGACAUGCAUGUUUUAUAUCUUUCAACUUUGUGUGACAACGAUGACCAAGGGAUAAAGUCGCUAUUAUCAGCCAUGAGUAAUCUCAUCAGAUUGCCUGAUCCUGAGAAUCAUCAAAGCGAUUCCGUUGUUGAGAAUGAUACUUGUGAGGCAAAACCUAUUCUACUCUGGAGAGCACUGUACGUGCAAGAGCUUGUCAAGGGUGAAUUUGGAGGUACUAUCAGUUCCAUGCCUAGUCCAGAUGGAAAUUUGAACAACAAUGAGAUAGUGGAAUCAGCCUUGAAGCUAUAUGAACAACUCAUGGGGAGUGAAGAAUUAUUUAAAGAAGAGACCUCAGUGGAAAACACAACGGAGGAAAACGAUGAUGGUGUUGACAUAGAAGAUUGAUUGAUUGAUGAAACCAUUGGUUUUAAAACUUGUAAUACCCAUUUAUUUAUUUCAU